AUGCUCGUUGUGCAAUCGCAAUCUGACAUACUACUGCUGUCAGCCACGAGAGCUUACAAGCAAGCCCUUGCGACUCUGUCCACCCUCACCGCGAACCCGCCGAGCUAUACCCGCGACCCAAGUUUCGGAGUUUCCAAUGCAUACCUCUCCUCAUAUCUUGAACACAGUCCCGGCCCGCUUGCCAGCGCGAUUCGAAUAGUACUCAGGCUCAAGAAGCAACCUGGCCAAUGGUUACGUCAGGUGUUGCCUUCGCUGGGGGUUAAGGAUGACGGUAGUAGCGGCAAGAGCAGAAAGGAAGAUGAGGCACGAGGCAAGGCAGUGAAGGUGCUGGACUUGUUGCAGCAUUCCGCCGAGCUGGGUCAUACAGACGCGCUAUAUACGUUGGGACAGAUCUCCCUGCUGCCGCCCAACUCGUACUUCCCUGUGGAUCCCUCCCUAGCAUUCAAUGCGUUCUCACAACAUGUCGAGCUCACUGGAAACGCGACGUCCCAAGGUCUGCUAGGGUUCUUCUACUCUACGGGCUAUAGAGACGUAGUCCCCGUGGACCAAGCGAAAGCCCAGCUCUACUACACAUUCGCAGCGCAUGGCGGUGAUAAAGCCGCUCAGAUGGCCCUUGGUUACCGCUUCUGGGCCGGUAUAGGAACAUUGCAAGAAGCUAGACGCGCGAUGGACUGGUAUGAAGCCGCGGCGGAAGCUGCGAUGGCAAAGUUCCUGAGCGGUCCUCCUGGUGGCAGAACGCUACCGCUGACCUCCGCACGCCUCUCGGACUUGGAAGGUGGAGUAUAUGGUCCCGGUGCGAGCGUUGCGUCCACUGGUAUCAACGCACAGCGACCCGCUAUUCGAGCAGCGAAUGCCCGUUCGGCUGGAGAGACCUGGGAAGACAUUUUGGAGUACUACCUUUACAAUGCGGAUCGCGGAGAAACCGGCUUUGCCUACCGCCUGGGGAAGAUUUUCUAUCAGGGCAGCCUCUAUGGUACUCCGGGCGGUAUUGCCUCAGGGAGCGAAGGAGUUGGCGCCAUACCCCGCGAUUUCCAGCGCGCGCGUUACUACUUCCUGCGUAUUGCUAGGCAAAUCUGGCCUCGCGACCCUCCUAACCCGCUGCAACCGCAAUCUCACAAAGCGGACAAUGAAAAUGGGCCCCUGGGCUAUGCCGCUUCUUCGGCGGGUUAUAUCGGGAGGAUGUAUUUGCGGGGAGAGGGUGUCAAGGCGGAUAUGGCCAUGGCGAGGUUGUGGUUCGAGCGUGGUGCGGAAUACGGUGACCGCGAAUGCCACAACGGAUUGGGUAUCAUCUGGAGGGACGGGUUAGUGGAGGGUCGAAAGGACCUGAAGAAGGCCUUUGCGCACUUCGGGGUAGCCGCAGGUCAGGAUCUCGCGGAGGCACAGGUUAAUCUAGGGAAAUAUCAUCGAAGCCGGGGCGAGAUGAAGAUUGCAAUGUCCUUCUUCGAGGCUGCUGUGCGCAAUGGGUCUCCCUUUGAGGCAUUUUAUUACCUCGCGGAGAUGUAUGCGGCUCAAGCUCGGGCUCCUGCUACGUCUUCCAACAUUCUCGCGGCUUCCUCUGCGACCGCUGUUUCCUUCUACAAGCUGGUGGCCGAACGUGGUUGCUGGGGUGACGAUCUGCUCAGGGAAGCAGACCUGGCGUGGGCACGGGGCUCGGAUAGGGAUAAGGAAAUGGCCAUGCUUCGGUGGUGGAUGGCUGCCGAGCGCGGUUCUGAGAUCGCCCAGAACAACCUGGCGUACGUCCUGGAUCAAGACAAGAGCGUUCUGCGCCUUACGCGGUUCGCACCGAUCACGCCCUCGAACGAUACUGCGCGACUGGCGCUGACGCAAUGGACGCGGUCAGCUGCCCAGCUCAACGUGGAUGCGCUCGUCAAGGUUGGCGAUUACUAUUACCACGGUCUGGGCGUACCGGAUGAACCAGAGCACAUACGAUACGAGAAGGCAGCGGGAUACUAUCGCUCCGCCGCCGAUACUCAAGUGAGCGCUCUGGCCAUGUGGAACUUAGGAUGGAUGUACGAGAAUGGCUUAGGCGUUCCGAUGGACUUCCAUCUCGCCAAACGGUAUUACGAUUUGGCGCUCAUCACUAAUAGCGAGGCGUACCUUCCCAUCACACUUUCGCUCGUAAAACUCUACGCACGUAGCUUCUGGCAUACACUCAGGGGCGGAAAGGGCGGUCUCAGCUUGUGGUCUGCUGACAACGAAGGUACGCCGAUUUAUUCGCGCUCGCUGAAGGGCUGUGCUGACGCUGGAAGCAGACGCGGAUUACUUCGAAUCUGUCAACACUCCCGGCUUGGAAGGUCAUCGUGA